UCACAGAAAAAACUUGAUCAAUAAGCUAUCCUCCAAAACCCCAAAUUUCGCUACUUAAUCCUAAACCUAAACCUAAAACAAAAUGAUGAUGAGCCGUAGCGCAACCAAGGCGGCGCGAUCGGCGCUGCCGCGCUACUUCUCGACUGCCAUCGCGCGUGGCAGCGCUACAGGUUGUGCUUCAUCGGUUAGGACCUCCGUUCGUGGAGGCUCCAUCACUUUCUUCCCUAGUACUUCCAAGUCUGUGGUCGAGAAGUGGAUGAGGUUCUCCACUAAUACAGGAUCGCGCAACGCCAGUACGGUGGUGCUGGGUGAGAAUCAGCAACAGGAGGAGAAGGUGAACGGCGGAUCUGCUGGAAACUCUGCCCCUUCCGGCGGCGGUGGGAAUGAUAACAAAGGUAUUGUCAGCUAUUGGGGUGUUGAGCGCCCGAAGAUUACCAAAGAAGAUGGAUCGGAGUGGAGAUGGAGCUGCUUUAUGCCAUGGGAGACGUACAAUGCUGAUUUGAAAAUAGAUCUGGAAAAGCAUCACGCGCCGGUCACGUUUCUCGACAAGGUGGCCUAUUGGACUGUCAAGGCGCUCAGAUUUCCUACUGAUAUAUUUUUUCAGAGGAGAUAUGGAUGCCGUGCUAUGAUGCUUGAGACGGUAGCAGCCGUUCCCGGCAUGGUGGGAGGGAUGCUGCUGCACUGCAAGUCCCUGCGGCGGUUUGAGCACAGUGGUGGAUGGAUCAAGGCCCUUCUUGAGGAAGCCGAGAAUGAGCGGAUGCAUCUGAUGACCUUCAUGGAGGUGGCUAAGCCCCGUUGGUACGAGCGUGCCUUGGUGUUUGCCGUCCAGGGCGUCUUCUUCAACGCCUAUUUUGUCUCUUAUCUGGUCUCCCCAAAGCUUAGUCAUCGCAUCGUUGGGUACUUGGAGGAAGAAGCGAUCCACUCCUACACUGAGUUUUUGAAAGAGCUUGACAAGGGAAACAUUGAGAAUGUUCCUGCUCCUGCUAUUGCCAUUGACUAUUGGCGCCUCAACCCGGAUGCUACUCUUCGUGAUGUUGUGGUUGUUGUUAGGGCCGAUGAGGCUCACCACCGCGAUGUCAAUCACUAUGCAUCUGAUAUUCACUAUCAAGGAAAGGAGUUGAAUGGAUUGCCAGCGCCGGUUGGAUAUCACUGAAUGGGAUAGUUGGAUUUGAUCCAAACAUACAACUGAGUCUGUUUUGAUGUAAUCUUGUCUACUUUCAUGGUUAUUUCAAGUGAGCAAACUAUGCUCUCAUUACGCACAUUCAUGCAACUAGGAUGUCAUUGCACAUUUAGCUGAUGAGUAUGUGAAUUCUUGGUCAUUUCUUGUUCGACAUAGUAUUAUUGAUUGUGGCGAAAGGAGGUCCCCUCUGUUUUUGUCAUUGCUAAA